AUGACUGAGCCUGGGCCAACUGCGUGUCGUCGAUGUCGGUCGCAGAAGCUGAGAUGUUCCCGCGAGCUCCCGAUCUGUGACAGAUGCAUGAGGCUCAAUGCCACCUGCGAAUAUCCCCCGCCGCCUGAUCGUAAAACACUGGCAACUUUUCGUGCGACUCCCCGGAAGCGUAAGCUGAGUGAGAGAAACAUUGAAACGCCGGUGCAGGCUGAGCAUGACGACUCCUCUCCGUCAGCUUCGCCACAAGUAUUUCGGCCAGCGGUCAUUGAGGCCCAUAAUGAAGCCCAUGAUCGUUUCGGUGUUCACGUUUCUGAUACCGCUCACAGACUACUUCAGGAAACGUACUUCACAUGCAUGUUCCACUCGUCGUUGAUCUUUCACCGCCCCUCUUUCUCUAAGGCAUUUUCAAAGGGAGAACUGGCUCACCACACCAUCUUAGCUUUGGGAAGCUUUCUUUGCAACCCCUCGGCCCUCGCCGAACAGAAUCGAGACAUUCUUCGACCUCUUGGAGACAUCAAGGCUCUUGGAAGAAAGUGGGCGAUACGAGCUGGCAAGGAGGUCCUACAAGAUAUCGACCAGCCGACUUUUGAAAAGGUCCAAACAUGCGAAAUACUCACGUUAUACUGGUUCUCCGCUGGGGAAUCUCAACGGAACACAAUGUUCUCAGGUAUUGCGUAUAAGGCAGCCUGCACUUUAGGGAUCGACCGCAGAGACUUUGCCACUGCGGGCUCUUCCACUCUUCGCUCUCAGACAGAGUCGGAGUGGCACAAUUUGGAGGUCAUGAGGCGUUGUUUCUGGGCAGUUUGGUUCACACAAUGCAUCAAUGCAGAUCAUUCUGCAACAGGCCUACCUCAAAGCGAGCGCAUACUGAAUAUCCCGCUUCCAAUCGGAGAGGCCGCUUUCAACGACUUGUCCGAGCAACCGCUCACAACACUGUCUGAAAUGUACCAUCAACCAAACAACCGGUCGACAGAGCAAGCGGCUGCCCCGAGUAUCAUGGCUGAACUCAUGACUCUGAUGUUGAACUGGCGCGACAUACGGGGACACAUUCGCUCCAUUCAUCGCUCGAGUGCCACAGAGUGGAUGGCCCGCUUGUUCGAAAUUGAGGGCCAGCUAUCCAAAUGGUCCGCUCAACUUCACGAAACGUUCAAGUACUCGAAACGAAGUCUCUACGAGCAGCUGGUGGUCAAUCAACAACCCGUUUUUAUCUUCGUCCACGCACUUUACCAUCAAUGCCGACUUGUGCUUCAUUCAUCUCUUGUACCAAAAUUCGGCGGACUCCGCCUCCCUGAAGCAAUUCCCUCCGAAGCCACGAGUCUCAGUGCCCGCAUUGCGUUGACCAGCGCCCAGAAGAUCUCUGAACUGGGGGCGGAUUUGCUUGCCCUGGACUGGCAUGCAAGCCAGAUUCCCUCGUUCGUGGGCUACUGCAUGUAUGUGUCCGCCUCAAUACACAUUACGCUUUUGUCCUCCAGAGACGCAUCCUUGUCUGCAAUGGCUAGAGGCAACUUGAUCAAUAGCCUCAAGGUGCUGGUGUCGGUGAAAAUGUAUUGGGCGAAUUUAGAACGUUUGUGGAUCCGGAUCAACAUGCUAUAUGAAGCACAGCUGUCUCGUAAUCGUAAUACUCCUGGUGACGCACGCGCGGCGCCAUACAAUUACCGAUCGGAUCUCAACGACCUUGACCAUAUUGCGCACGAAGCUCGCGACACUGGUGCACUGUCGGAGCCUCUUGCAGACUCUGUUCUACAGUAUUCGUUACGACAACUAAGACCAGGCGCAAGAUUCGAUCGCGAUAUUGUACAAGAGUUAGAGAAAGAGACGUACCCAAGCGACCUCACGCAGUUGCUCGAGUACAGCGUGGGAGCUCCAUCACAAAGUUCAACUGUUGUACCAGCGAUGAAUCCGGAGCGAGAGUCGAUGUCGACAACUUCCGAGGCGGCCGCUGGGACUCUCGGAACCAUGUACCAUGCCGCAGUGUCUACCGACUGGAUUAGAGGCUCUUUUUUUCCUAAUGAGCAAGGCAAUCCUUACGAUUGGUUGCAGCUCAAUCCGGAUGGAUUCCUGCAACCUUUCUUCUCGUAUGAUGAUUCAUUUGAUGUCAAUACCAAUAUCUGA